AUGAUACCUAUGCUAAUAUGGUUCAUAGUCAUUGUGCUGAUAGCACUGCUAGCAUGUCUAGCCAUCAAAUUUCUGGUAACAAUUUGAAAACUAACAGUUCAGCAGGUCAUAUCUUAGGCUCUUCGGAUCGUCCUUGCCCUUCUUCUCAGUUUGCCAAUCCUUCUUUCCCUUGGUUUCUGCAUUCUGCGUAAAAGUCCAGUUUCUGAUACCAAUGUAAGUUGAGCACAGUUAAGCUCCAAAAUCACCAGAAAUCAUUCAGAAGGCCACAUUCUUCAAUGUCACCAGUUUGAUCUCGGAGCGAGGAGAGGCACAUGGAUCAGUCCAUGAAAACACAAUCGCUGCUUUUCGUCAGGUAUGUCAGAAUCUUCAAUCACUUUUCCAACUUUCUUGUUUCAGGCCAAAACCAACGGCGCCGACACGAUCAAAAUGGAUGUCCGUAUGACUACCGAUGGUAUGCUCAUCGUGUUCCGUCCUUCGAGUGUCACCGACUCUGAAAAUAUCACUUAUGAAGUCAGUGAUACACAUUGGAUCCAACUGAGCAAGAUCAACGUUUACGGGUAAAUUGACUUCUUAUUUUUAAAUAUUUUUCCCAUCUGGUUCCAGUGGCUCAAACGGAACGAUUCUCUCGUUUGACGAUGCGGUGUCCUGGUGUGAGAGCAACAACAUGAACAUGCUCUGGCACAUUCCCGUCUUCUCUUCCGAUGUUUGUGCUUUUGGCCACCCGAGGCCAAACUCUCAGACCUCGUUUUAAUCAAAAACUUACUUUUCAGCUGCUCACCUACCUCCGUAACAAAAUCAUGCAGGACAGCUUGUACGGCAAGGCUGCUGUCACAACCUACAACUUUGUGACAGCGCUCAAGUUGCGAUGUGAAGACACAAAGUUGUUGACCGGUAGGAUUUCUGCAAUAGAAAUGUUAUGAGGGAAAAAAUUACAGGAUUGAUGUGGAAGAGUACUGAAUACUCGAUUGUCAAUGGAACGGCUGUUGGUUCUAUCUACACUUCUUGGUAUUACUCGAUGAUGGAUACUUUUAGCUAUUGGGGCGUCAGGUACAAUUGAUUUCCUCUUAAUUCUUCUUUUUCUUUCCGAAAAUGUCAAAAAAACGUAAAAUGCGCCAUGCGGGUUGAUUGACACAUCCCGUGUAGGCUGGAGCGCUUCGAGUGCAUCCCAAAAUCCACCCUACUUUCAAGUUUGGUGAGAUAAAAGAGUGAUAUUGGUUUUGUCAACUAGGGGUCUUGGAAAUGAAUUUCAACAAUAUAUUUUGGGCGUUUGACGGGUUAGCUGCGUCUAUUACAGAUCUCUUCUAUUGCCAUCAUUCCUCGGAGUUGACUUUUUGGUCACAAGUGUCGAUGAUGCUGACAGGUCACCGGAAGCACUCUCAUCUCACACAAUUUUGUGCAUUUCAGAGCUCUGAUUGUGGAAUGCAACUCUUACAACAUCAAGACCGUGAUCUACGACUUAUCCACAACCCAAGAACGCAACUUUUUUGCUCGCCAGCUCGGUCUUCCCAUCAUUGUCGACGAUUUGGUUGCUCUUGCCGGCUCGGCAACUUCUUCGACGUCCACAACCAAUCGGACUGCGAAUUUCACUCGUUGA